AUGCCAGCUUUGGCUUGGACUCAGGACUGGAGAAAUGUUGAGCCAGCUGUCAGAAAAUGCCAUAGUGCGGAGUCUUCGGCCCAGGCCCUCAUGGGCCUUGCCAGGGGGUCCCAAGCGACCGGCGCGAUCGCCUUUCUGCGAACGUUGAGGCUUCAAGACAUCCGCCUCGACACCACGCACUACCGCGCCGUGGCCCUGGCCUCGUACUUGGCCCAGUCGUGGGAAGUCGCCCUGGAGCUUGUGGAAGAUGCCCUGGACACCAUGGGAGGAUCCGGGCUGCAAAUCGACUUCUGGGACAGGGCCAUCAGCAGCUGCCGCAAUGCGGGACGCUGGCAAGUGGCCUCUUACUUCCUCAUGCGCAUGCGGGAGCGAGGCGUGCAGGGAGAUGAAAUCUGCUUUGCGAAUGCCAUGAGCGCUUGCCUGAAGGGCUUAGAGUGGCGAGCUUCCAUGGGCCUGUUCGAGCGGAUGCACGUGGACGGGGUUCAGCCGGACCUGGUGUGCAAAGGAACUGCCUUGGCUGCAUGCAAGCAGGUGCGCCUGUGGGAUCAGGCUCUCGGGCUAUUGUCGACGGUUGGUGUGACAAGCCGCCUCUUUGCCAACGACGUUUGCUUCAAUGCCGCCUUGGCGUCCUUGGCAUCUUCGGACAAGUGGGAGGCCGGUGCAGGGCUGCUGGCGACUCUUCAUCUCCAACUGGUGCGGCCCGAUGCUGUGACCUAUGGGGCCUUGCUGCCGGCCUUUGAGAGGCGGCGCGCUUGGGACGAAGCGGGGGCGCUUCUCGUAGCUGCCCCGUGCGCCGGCGCGAGUGCAUUCAAUGCGGUAGCGAGUGUCUGUGAAAAAGCGGGCGCGUGGCUGAAAGCGUUGCAGAUUUGCUCCGCGUGGAUGCCCGCCAGGCGCUUGACGUCCGAUCUCAUCACCUUCAACGCCGCGACCAGCGCCUGUGAGAAGGUGGCUGUGUGGGAACUUGCCAUGGAUCUCUUUACCUCGCUCCCCGGCAAUGCCCUCCGACGCGAUGUCUUCAGCUAUGCAGCCUGCACCAGCGCCUGCGGAAACGGAUCGAAGUGGCGACUGGCGCUGGAACUUCUCUGGAGCGAUGCGCGGGAGCUGCUGGACACCUCGGUGGUGAGCUGCAGCGCUGCUCUCACGGCCUGUGCGGAGGGAAGGAAGUGGCCGAUGGCACUGCAUCUCCUCUGGGAAAGCACUAUGCCUCUGGACACGGUGGCCUGGAAUUCCGCGAUUGCCGCGUGCGCAAGCUCCUACCAAUGGCAGCAAGCGGUCCAGCUGCUGGCCAAUUUGUUUCGUGCCGCCGUGCUGCCGAACGUGCUUACCUACCAGUUCGUUCUCGAUGCAUGUGAGCAUGCACUGCAGCCUGGGAAUGUUUCCCGGCUGCUGGAAUCAACGCCCAUUUGGCUUGUGUCGUAG